AUGUCUCACCACGAAGAACCGUUCCUCACUGGAUUUGACAGGAUUGGAAAGAAUUGGACAGAUGAUCAGUACGCAUGGCGUCGUGGUCCAUCCAAGCAGCUUCUCCAAAUAAAGCCUGAUUACUCAAUGAAAAUCCAGAAGAAGUGUGAAUUGAAAUAUGGAAAUGUCCCGGAUGCCUUAAUUGGAAAACAAAAGAGCGCACCGAAGAGCAUUGAAAAUAUGAGUACUGAAGAUGGUUUCUCAGCCACUGAUUGUUCAUUUGACUCAUGUGAAAUCAGCUUAGCUUCGGAUCAGAGUGUCAGCCCACAGAUGAGUCGUGAGAACAUCCCAAGUAUUUUCAAAGUCAACACUCAAGCUGUUCCUACUUCUUUGAACUCUUCCUCCUGUGGAUUCCGAACAUACUUGAAAGGACAACCUCGUAAAAAGUUCUGUUUCUACUGCUUUGAUAUGGAAUUCCGUAACUGCAUCCUGAGACAUGAAGCGUUACCUUCGGCCAAUCAACCUGGCAUCUGGAAGACACACACGACUUACAAUUCCAAAGGUCUUCUCAGUUGCCCUUUGUUGCAUUUCUUCCAACGUGCUCCUACUGAUUUCAAUGUCAGAAACUAUGAUCCAACCGAUCUGACUUGUUCACAGUAUGCAGCCUACUUCCAUACCGUACCUGAUAAGUCGACUGCUUUCCCAAACAAUUGUUGUCGCUCAUAUGAACGUCGUGAAGGCCGAAAUAGAUGGAUGAAAAUGACAAACUAUCGUGACUAG